CCGCCACAUAUUCAGUCGUAGAAGGAGGAGUUUUGAGCUACCGUGUUGACACACGCGGCGCUGUGUGACAGCGCCACAGUUUAACUUCCGCACAAUAACAUGAACAGGACGAGCCGAGACUGGUAUUAGGCGUACACUCAAUACUUAUCAAAAGCAUUGUGCAAAAUGUCAGAUUCAGACUCUGACUCUGACUUUUGUGAGGACAUCAGAGAACACAUGGCUGCUGUGAUGGACAGUCAUUUAAUGAUAACCUUCAAUCCAUCAGAUGAGAUUCUUGAACAGUGGAGCCAUCUUCCAGCUGAAACAAGAAGGGAAUCUACAGAGAGGAUGAAAGUUUGUGCCUUCUGGCUUCCCAUUUUGCUACAGCGUGAUGAGUCCAGCAGGAUUCUUCACUGGGCUUUACAGAUAGGUCUAAUUGACUCAAAUGAGGAUUUGAGUCUGAGGCACAUUCGCAACAUAGAAACAGUGGAAGCAGUCCUCAGAGCCUUGGAAAGUGGGACAUUGAGAAAAGACCAAACAAAGCAUGUUUUCCGGAUAAGCAACCUGUUAAACCUGCAGCGCUCCCCAGGGGAUGUGGAUGAAGCAUUACGCUGGUUGGAGCGGACAGGAGAACCUGGUAUUUUCCACCGCCUCAAGGACCUUGGCCCUAUAGAGACCUGCUUCAUAGCCCUGCAUCUAAUCUUCACAGAGUUUGCCAAGUAUAUUCAGGACAUGGGCAGAAACAAGGAGAAAACGAUGAGGUCGCUGAUGGCUCCUCCACCAGACUACCAAAUGGAGAAAAGUGAAGAAAUGAAGAGGAAAGGAAAUGAGAACUUUCGGAGAGAGCAGUAUGAAGCUGCUGUGCAGUUUUAUUCCAGAGCCAUCAAACAUUAUCCUGACAACCAUAUCAUUUAUGGAAACAGAGCCCUCUGCUAUAUCCGAAGUGAGAAAUACCUAAAAGCUGUUGGUGAUGGAAAACGUGCUACUCUGAUAAAACCGCUCUGGGCAAAGGGUCACUACCGGUACUGUGAGGCUUUGUUCUCCAUGGGAGAGAUCCAAAUGGCCAUUGAAGCCAACAAUUCAGCCCGGAUUCUGUGUAAGGAUGACCAAGAGGGGCUCAAAGACCUGGAACAACAACACCAGAAAUUCAUCACUGAAAAGCCAGAACCUAAAGUUGGAAAGGUGAAGAAAACUCAUAGUAAAAGAUCAGACAGCACUAACAGAGCACAUGUAAUGGAGGCACGAGCACAGACUGUUAAAGCUGUUAAGACUGAUCCAGCUACCAAUGCUUUUCCACAGAGUAACGUCCCACAUAAUAAAAUGGAUAAGAAGCCAGGGAAAAAUGAAAAGACUGCACAGGCACAGGGCAACACUAAAGACUCCAAAAUAUCAAAAAGUGAAAUUUCUUCAAAGGAUGGGAAAGCGGAGUCCAACACUGAAGCAAAGAAGAAACCAAAGGGCAAAAAUCCAUCUGGAGAUCAGAUCCUGAAGGUGGAUGACAGUAAAGCAGGUGUGGUUAAAGAGCUGAGAUCUAUGGUGCAGGAUGCCCACACCGCUCUAGCUGACCUCCGCAGCCGCAAUGCAGAGCAGGCCUUUAGCCAGGCACUCGCCUUACUGGAAACCAGCACGCCCAAGGAACUUGGACUUUCUAUACUAGAUUUGCUGUUGUUGCUGUAUGGUCGAGCGUCAGCCCUGACAGACAUUGGCCAGCCUGAGGAACUUGGAGAAGCGCAAAGACUUCUAGAGAAGAUCAAAUCAUUUGAGGAGAGGACAUUUCAGUGUCUGGUUUUCUAUGCCAUCGGCAGGGUGCAUGUCAAAGAGAACAGGUUUGCAGUUGCUCUGCAGCAGUUUUCAGACUCCCUGCAGAUGGUCAAGAAUCAAAUAACUCCUGGUAAACUCACCUGGCCUUUAACAAAAGAGAUUGUCAAAGAAACGCAGCCAGACUAUUUCAAGGAGAUUCUGGACAGCAAUAUUGAGUUGUGCAAAUUUCCUCCUAUUGCUGAUGCCAUUUGUCGACUCGAGAAGUGCAAUGGUCAUUUGAAAGCUGAAAUCUACUUCACAGACCCGGAUUUCAAGGGUUUCAUUCAGAUUUGCUGCUGUCAGAGCUGCAUCAUUGAAUAUCACAUGACCUGUUGGAAGACCCUCAAAGCAUCGUCCUUCUCUGAAAAGAAUGAAAAGGACUUCCUGCAAGAGCCCUGUAUGACUCCAGACUGUGUCGGACGAAUCUGUAGUAUCAAAAUCUUUGGUCCAACCGGCCUGGUGAAGUGUAAGUUUGAAACCACCAUCCCAAAACAGUAUACAGCAAAGAAGCUGAAAGUGAAUCAGAAAUGUACAAGUCUGAAGAAAUUAAAAUCAAAGGAAGAGCGCCGGCUAAAGAGGAAGCAGCAUAAGCAGUCAUUUCAAGAAAAGCAGGCGAUCAAUGAUGAGAUUCUGCAGAAGAAAGAGGACUCAGCGACACAGAUUCAACAGAAAGCUUGGCUGAUUUACAGAGAUCGAGUACUUCUGCAGAUCAGCCAGAACUUGGAGCUCCUGAGAGAGGUGAAAGGCCUGCAGGUGUCGGCCGUGACAAGUAGUCUGAAGCCCUGGCUGGAGCUGGACUCGUCGAAGGGAAACCAGAUCGCUGGGAGGAUACUGAACUGGCAGCAGGAGCAGCUGGAGACUCUUGAUCAGGUUAUUGAGCUGCUGUUGGAGAGGAAGAACCGGGUUUGGGCUCGUGUCCUCGUGCAACUACUCAGCAGCUGUCUGGAUUUAAAUCCUAAACUCAACAACUGGGCGUGCCAGCUCAACAAUGCAGGUCUGAAUGCUGCCAAAUCCUUCAUUGAGCGCUACUCAGGACACUUGGAGCAGCUGGAUUUGGCUUUUUUGCUGAACUUUGCUCCCCUGCAGGAGGUGAUUAUAGAAAAGCUCGGUACUAGACCAGAGCAGUUUUCGAGCAUUGGCCUGACUGUGACUGAAUACCUAAAACAGGCCCCACCACAUGACAUGAGACUCUUUAUCUGGACUCUGGAGGAGCAUAGAGAUGAGUAUGUCUCCUGCCACAGUAUACUGGAUGAAUAUUUUGAUAUGAUGGAUGGCCAUUGUUCAGUCCUAAAAAAGUCUGAUGAAAAUCAAAAUAAUUCUCCUAUGAAGACCAGAGGCAGAAAAAAGAGGCAGAAAGAGCCAAAGGGUGUUUUUGUUUUGCCUGGGACGAGAAGCGUAACUUCAAGAGAAGAGUGGGACCAAGACUUUUUUGAAGAUGAGUCAUUAUCAUUCCUUGACCCCGGUGAUCCAUUCAGUGUACCUAGUCAUCUUCGAGAGCAAGUGGCCAGUUUUGAGGACCAGUACAACAGCACCAGACACACAAGUCACUAUAAAAAGAUUUUGGAUAACCACCCUGACCCAACCAAAGAGAGUUUGUAUGACUACUUUGCUCAGAUCUUGGAGGAGCAUGGUCCCCUGGUUGCUGAGGACCCUCUGCUGGUGGGAGAACUCGAAAAUUUCCCUCCUGUAGCUCAACUGAAAAUCCAGGAAGCGGGUGGGUUUGAGCACUUCCUGCUGGAGUCUCUUCGCUUCAUAAAGAUGGGGAGGUCUAUCGGUCUGGCGAAGCACGCUGUCUCCCUGCAGCAGGUCGGGAAUGGAGCCAGCCUGGAUGACCUAGACGACCUGGAUGUAAUCCUGGAUCCUGACUCAGACUCUCAACUUGAUUUGCAUGACCCUGCUUUCACAAACUAUGUGGACAGUUAUUCAUCUGCAGAGACAGAUGUCUGUCCCGUCCUCCCAAGUCCUUAUGUUUAUGGCUUUAUCCCUACUCUUCCACUGUCAGCUCAUGCAAUGUCUUCCAGUGUGAACAAUCCCAACACACACUGGGCUAGUGGUGACAGUCAAUAUGAAGCCUCUAACUUUUUAACUAAUGGCUACGAAGAGCUGGAUCUCUAUUACAGUGAAGCUGAUGUUGGAGUUUCAGAGACUGAUCAAUCAUCAGACAGAGGUGCUCCCAUGAUGACUGAAGAAAGCCUUUUGAAGAGACAUGCAGCAUCACAGACUUGUCAGGAGACUAUGAGGAGUGUAGCAGUGAACACUGAGCCGCAUGAACGUUUCGAGACCAGCUCGGGUGACAUUAACAAAAAACUAAAGAGCAACAAGGACUUGGAGGAGCAGAUCAAGAAAAUGGCGAACAGCUUUGACAUAGUCAGCCUCCGGCACAAAGAAGAUGUUGCUUACCUGGAGGAAGAAGUACAGAACAUCACUGUCACUAUACAAGUGACCAACCAAGAGCUGGCACUGUUCCAGCAGAAGCUGGAAGAGGAGGUGAAGAAGGACCAGAAGGAGAAGAAGGCCAACCAGGAAACACUGAGGUCGCUCAAAGUAGAGACAGAAGAGAUUCUGGAGGAACACGGCAGACUUGCCAGAACCAUUCGCGAAAAGAAAGCUGACUACGACGUAAAGUUGAGUGAUUUCCUCGAGCUGAGCAAUCAGUCAGCAGCUGAGAAGAUGAGUCUGGAGGAUGAGAUCAAGCGCUGUAUGGUUGCGUUUAACUCGGCCACCGGGAGGUCUAACACGGCACAGUUGUCAGUGGUGGGGAGCAACCGCGAUCAGGGAUUAUACGACCUCUGCAGAGAGCUGGCAAGCGCCAAAGCUCUGCUGACUAAACUGGACGAAGCAGCACACAGAUUCCAAAACCAAGACCUGGAAAUCACCAGAAACGGCUUGAGAGCCAGCAUUCAAGAGAUCGAGGAAAAAAUCUCCAGUGCAGAGACACAGUUCCAAGAGCAGAUGGAUCAUGUGAAGAAUGGUAGAAGAGUCAGCGAACUCCUCUCAGUCAACAUCAGCAACCAUGCUGAACGUCCAGCUGCAACACUGUCUGGAGCAGCCAAAGAGUUUGUCCCUUCGUCUGCAGCCUCCCACAGCUCUCCUCCGCUCCCCCAGCAGCCUGCAGCUGAGACACCGGCUCAGAUGCUGCACAAACCCCCAGCCAGGAUUGUGGGGCCUCCACACACACACAGCACUGUGUUUGAUAAAGCCAUGGAGCGCCUGGCCACCAUGUUCCCAGACUACACAAGGCCAGACUUGAUGAGGUUUGUUCAGGAGCUGCGUUCAACCAGCGGUGGAAGCCUGAGCAACAUGGCACUGCAGGACAUGGUCGGUGGAGUGACCCAGCUGAUCCUGGACCAUCAGGAGAGGCUUAAUGCUGCCAAGAUGAAUGCCAUGGGACGUGGGAGUCCAGCUAAGAGUGCCACCCCCCCUCUAGUGCCCCCAGUCUGGCAGUCACUUGGACCACAGAGAGCCGCACACUCAAACGCACUGAAUGUUGAGGAUCCUUGCAUCAUUUGUCACGAUGACAUGACUCCAGAUGACAUUUGUGUGCUGGAGUGCAGACACAGCUUCCAUAAAGAGUGUAUCAAGUCGUGGCUGAAGGAGCAGAGCACCUGUCCCACCUGCAGAGAUCACGCUCUGCUGCCUGACGACUUCCCCGUGCUUUCUGGGAGGAGGCGCCAAGCCCCAUGAUGUCUUAACCCUUAAGCUGCCAACCCGUCAUUUCUUUUAUUCUUUUAUUUUUUACCACUUUGUUUCAUUAAAAUGUCAAAUGAGCUUGGAGUGUUGUAUAUCAUUUAAAUGUUGAGACAUGCACAGAGACCAAUUCAUGCUCUGAAUAAACAAAACAUGUUUGAACUCGUC